AUGUUACGUUUCGAAGGUCACAAUUACUUUCGGCAAAGGCUGCUUUUGGCGACCUUAAGCAACAAGCCAGUGCGCAUAGAUAAAAUACGGUCUGACGACGAAGACAGGCCUGGUCUUUCAGACUACGAAGCGAGUUUCUUACGACUGUUAGAAAAAGUGACGAAUGGGGCCGUGGUGGAGAUCUCGUACACCGGUACCACCGUCGUAUACCGGCCAGGACUGAUAAUAGGAGGGAAGGUUCGGCACGAGUGUCCACCGUCGCGGGCGAUUGGGUACUUUCUGGAACCCCUCAUUGCGCUGGCGCCGUUCGCGAAGCAUCCCCUACAACUGACUUUGAGCGGUGUCACGAACGACAACGUGGAUUUGUCUGUCGACGCUAUUCGAACAGUUCUGCUGCCGCAUUUGAAGAGGUUUGGAGUGGAGGAUGGACUAGAAAUGAAGAUCACAAAGCGUGGAGCGCCACCAAAAGGCGGAGGCGAGAUAUUCUUCCAAUGCCCGAUCGUCAGACAGCUCAAACCCGUCCAGUUCAUCGAGGAAGGCAAAUUCAAGCGCAUCCGAGGAAUCGCCUACGCUACCCGUGUGUCACCGCAAAUGGCCAACCGAGUGGUCGAAACGUCUCGAAGCAUGAUGACCCGCUACAUCCCGGACGUGUAUAUAUAUACCGAUGUGUAUAAGGGAGCAGAGAGCGGGCAGUCACCGGGAUACGCUUUGACGAUCGUGGCCGAAUCGACGACUGGAGCUCUUCUCUCCGCGGAGUGCGCCUUCCAGCCUCGCAAACCGGCAAACGCAGAUGUUGAGACGAAUAUCGUGAGUCGCAGGGAGGAUGAUGCUCUGGCGAACGAUUACCACUUCCAAACGCCGGAGGAUUUGGGCGCGUUUACUGGUCGGAAACUGUUGCAGGAGAUCGAGAAAGGCGGAUGUUUUGACACCUCGAGUCAAUGGCUGGGGGCUUUGUUCUUGGCUCUCGGGCCGGAGGACGUCGGAAAGAUCCGAGUCGGUGCUUUGUCCCCAUUUACGAUACAAUAUCUUCGUGACAUCAAAUCGUUCCUCGGCAUCACCUUCAAAGUGACGCCGGAUCACAGCAACCAGACGGUGCUUCUCACUUGCUUGGGAAUGGGCUACACCAACACCAACAAGAAGGUGACAUAG